AUGGCCCAGGGGUCUCGCUCCGGUGGCUUUCUGCCUCCGCUCGCCACCGUGCCGCCGUUUUGGUCACAACCAGAAGGCGCUGUGGAAGAGCAGUGGGAGAGAAGGCAGGCGGGCGCUCUCGGCGGGGACUUUCGUGGCUGGCCGCGGCUGCCGGUUGCCGGGAGCAUUCCCUGCCUGAACCCACGGCCCGGCGGAGCUCGGGGAGCGCAGCCGUGGUGGGCUGCGCCGGCGCCAGCAGACACAGGAGAGCACCGCGAGGCGGGCGCUGCAGACUGGUGGCAGGAGCCGGCAGCCGGCCGCCCCAUUCCUCCCGCGCUGCAGCGUCUCCGGGCCGUGUUGCUGCGGCUGCAUCGUGAGCGGGAGCAGCUCCUUCAAGCCCGGGACUGCGCCUGCCACCUACAGACGGCCGUGCACCUCCUGAGGAUCCUGAGUCCCAGCGCUACGGCCCUUGGCCCCGGCCCCGGCCCCUUGCCUCAGCUGUGCCGCGACCUGCUGCUGCUGCCUUCCCGUGGGGCUGUCCUGCGGGAGACUCCGGAGCCGCUACUCCUGGCGCGUCCCGUUGGACUGGCCGCUCAGCGCCUGGAUGCUGCCAUCGAGAUGCAGCUUCGGGCUCUGGGUCGGGAGCCUGCCAGCCCGGGCUUGUCGUCCCAACUUGCUGACGUGCUCUUGGCACUUCCCGCCUACCACCAGCUGAUGGGAAAAGCCUUGAGCCAAAUUCCGGGGGCAGCGCGCCCUUUCCCACCCCUCCGUGUGCUCCACCUCCUGACGGGGGAGCGGGGUUGCCAGGUGGCUGGUCAGCUAGAUGAGGCGCUCAAGGGGUCGGGCUUGCGGGACCACCUCCGAAGUCGGUGCCAGGAGGAGCGGGAGCUGCUGCCCGGGCUGCUGGGGCUGCUGGGGGGUGUGAGUGAUUCAGCCAGCAGUGGACUGGGGCUUGGAGGGGCUGGAGCCCUGUGGAGCCAGUACUGGACCCUGCUGUGGGCAGCUUGUGCUCAGAGUCUGGACCUAAGUCUAGGACCCUGGAGGGACCACAGGGCAGCCGCACAACAACUGAGUCAGGCACUGGGUCAGGCAUCCCUGCCUCAGGAGUGUGAGAAGGAGCUGGCUUCUUUGUGUCGCAACCUAUUUCAUCAGUCCCUUAUCUGGAAUUGGGACCAAGGCUUCUGCCAGGCCUUGGGAUCUGCUGGUGAAGAUCAGAGCAGCCGUCCCUCAUCCUCUCAUACCACUGAACUUUUGCAACAGCUUUUCCCUCCUCUCUUGGAUGCCCUUCAACAACCCAGGUCAGGGCUGCUCCUCUGUCAGCCUCCAGAUCCUGCACCCCUUGCUUUAGGGCUCUGUACCCUGCAGACCACCUUGCUCUGGUUUUUGGGUAGAACUCAGCAGCAUCUGGCAGCAUGGGCCCCAGAUUCUUUCCUGCUUCUGAUCCAGAAGGACUUACCUCCUCUAUUGCAUGAGGCGGCAGCUCUGUCUAGACUGGCCUCAGAAGAAAGUUUGUCCCUGGAGGUGGAGCAGCAGCUGGGCCUGGAGAUCCAGAAGCUAACCGCACAGAUCCAGCUCCUGCCUGAAGAGUCACUAAGUCUCUUUUUUCAAGAAUGUCAUAAACAAGCCACACAGGGCUUCGAACUCUACAUGCCACGGGGCCGGUACUGGCGGCAUCGUCUCUCUCCUGAACUGCCCAGCAUUCCCAGUGAGUAUGCUGGAUUGGUGGUUCGCACUGUACUGGAGCCUGUGCUGCAAGGAUUGCAGGGAUUGCCGCCCCAAGCCCAGGCCCCUGCCCUUGGCCAAGCACUGACAGCCAUCCUGGGUGCCUGGCUUGACCACAUCCUCAGGCACGGGAUACGGUUCAGCCUGCAGGGGGCGCUGCAGCUCAGACAAGACUUUGGAGUGGUCCGAGAGUUGCUGGAGGAGGAGCAGUGGGGCCUGUCGCCAGAACUUCGCCAGUCUCUGCUCACACUCAACAUCUUCCAGAGGCUGGAUGGGGCCCUGCUGUGUCUAUUCCAGCAGCCCCUGCCCAAGCCUGAAGUCCACAGGAGGCCUCCCUGUUGCUGUAUAUGCAAUGAGGUCCAGACCAUGGAAUUGCCCAGCAGCAGCCUCAACAGCUUGGAGAACUUGGAGCCCCCUCUUCGGCCUGGAGCACCCCCAGCCCAGACAGCUCAGCUGCUAAGCACACUAUGGGGAGGGGGACCUAGCCCAGAGGCUUACCUGGUGGGAAAUCAGCAGGCCUGGCUUGCCCUGAGGCAGCACCAGCGCCCCCGUUGGCACUUGCCUUUUCUUUCAUGCCUGGGGACCAGUCCCGAAUCCUAAGGAACCUGGGAUCGCGAGGCAAAAAUUCAGAGCUCCCCAUCUCUGGCUGGAAAAGCUCAGCCAUUUAGAAGUGCAUGUUAAAGAAGCCUACAUUGGGAGCCUGAAAGAGAGGAUACCUGAGAACCACAAGCUACAAAGAACCUGGACUUAGAAGCUAAGAAUCCAAGAUCACUCCAGUGCCUGGAGUCCAGAGUAAAGGGCCAAACCACCACAGCCUGGAACCUGGAGGUCAGCAUCCUUGGGAGGCUCAGGCCUAGCUGCCCAACAGUGAAGACAUCUCAGGGCUAGGUCCUAGAAGAAGGGCUAUGGAGUUGGAUCCCUGGGGAAAGGGAAAGAGAAAAAGUGAUAGAAAGCAAAAAGCCUAGAUGCCACUUCCUCUUAAGUCCCAGGAGCCAGGCUAAACACACAAUUCAUCAGGAACCACAGAGGUGGAAUAGGCAUUUCUACAUUUGGAUCAGUCCCAAGGGUUGUAUUACCCUAUACUCCCUGUCUUGUUACUAUUUAAAAAAAAAUUUUUUUAAUGUUUAUUCAGUUUUGAGAAACAGAGAGCAAGCAGGGGUGGGGCAGAAAGAGAGGGAGACACAGAAUCCGAAGCAGGCUCCAGGCUCCGAGCUGUCAGCACGGGGCCUGACGUGGGGCUCGAACUCACGAACUGUGAGAUCAUGACCUGAGCCAAAGUCAGACGUGCUGACCCACCCAGGGGCCCCUUCUAUUUUAAGUCACUGAAUAUUAGGCUAAAGGUCCUUCACGUUUAAACGUUGUUUACUCAGAGUUCAAUGUGUUUGAUCUUCAGUUACUUGAGGAGGCUUUACCUCCCUGGUAGCUGUAUAAUCUCUGCCAUGGCAGUGUCCUCACCGAAGGGACUAGCGCUUGACAUGGUGUUAACCUAGAUCUGGCACAGUAACAUACGGAAAGGGAAAGACCGCAAAAGACGGACUAGUUAUCGCAGCCAA